AUGAGUUCAGACCAACAUAGUUACGCUGAAAUAAGCGAGUCAAAGCCGACUAGUUUGGUAUGUAAAAUAUGCACGCAUACUGCCCACGGAGUACAUUUUGGGGUAUCAUCUUGUCGUGCAUGUGCCGCAUUUUUCAGAAGAUCAGUAGUGCUCGGAAAGAAAUACAAAUGCCGCGGAGUUAACAAAUUGUGUCCAAUUAACGCCGCUGAACGUUUUUUGUGUCGACAUUGUCGCUUCAAAAAAUGUAUAAAAGUUGGAAUGACUGCUGAUAACGUUCAAUGGAAUCGAGAUGUACUUUCUAUUAAUGAAGAAAAACCGAAACAGAAAAUAACUCGCAAUAUAAAACGAACAUCCUCACCGCCAGCACUCUAUGAUAUAUCAGACACAAUGAAACGAAUUGAGCAAAUAUUUUCUGAGCCGAUUCUUCCUAUGCACAGUGAGAAAUAUCGUGAAAUGAAUACACUUCAAAGGCUCGAUUGGGCAUUGAAACAACAUAGAAUUGGCCAAAAAGAUAAACGAUUAAUUACAUUUAGAAAUUUCAUUGAUCUAGGCCAGAUUGUUUCUUUAAAUCGAGAAGAAAUGUGCCGUGUUGCAAAAUGGAUGAUACACUGUGAUGAAUUCAGAGAUCUCCAACUUAACGAAAAGAUGUCAUUUUUCAAAUUAGUUUGGGCACUGUGGCAGAAAUUAGAACGAAUUACGCGAUCUAUUGACGUUUUUGGAUUACAAAUGUAUGAGGAUAAGAUAUUUAUUAUGUCAGAUAAACACGCAAUAAAUAUGAACAAGGUCCAAUUCGACAUUUCACCGCUUACCGAUUUGCCUGUUGAACGAAUAAAAAGCAUUUUUGAUCCAUUCUGCAUCCGAAUGUUUGAAAAUAUCGCUAAGCCGUUAAUUGAUAUCAAACUGGAAUCUAUGGAAGUCACCUUUAUGCUUUGCUAUUUAUGCUUCCAAAUAUCAGGUAAAGUGUUACAAGGACGAAUUCUUGAAGCUAGUGAAAAAUUCAUGGAAAAAGUGUCGAACAAUUUGCAUGAUUAUUAUGAAAAGGAUGUGAAAACGAAAAAUUAUGCGAGCCGUCUCAUCAAAAUAAUGUCGGUUUUGAACGCGUUUCAGAAAAUCCAUUCUGAUCGGCAAGAAAUAAUUGAUCUUGCAAAGAUUUUCAAAAUAUUCAAAGUAAGACUCACUGAACCAGAAGUAAAUAUCGAAUAA